GUGUGACUGCCCCCUCCCCUUAUCUCCCAUAAAAGGAAUAUUCAGUACAAAUAGAUGCUGGUUAAGUGACACACAGCAUCCUACAGCUGGACUCUGCAUGAACAAGAUCGGGGCUGUCCCUUCAUUCAAGGAUGCCUCUGAUAGCAGAAUUGAUGUAUGAUUCAAAUGGUCUUGAAAAUUCCAUCCAAGAACCAAGAGAAGAAAAAUUCCAGUUGAAGCUCUGCAGUGGAUCAUGCCAAGCAACACAAAUCCUACAAAGCUUAAAUGUUUAUAGAAAAAGUGGUAUAUUUACAGAUGUGGUUCUUCUUAUAGAUGGUCAAGAAUUUCCAUGCCACAAAGCCACACUUUCUGCCAACAGCUCUUACUUCAGAGCUAUGUUCAGUGGUAACCUCAGAGAAACCAACCUAAAAACGGUGAAAAUACAGAAUAUCUCCUCUCCGACCAUGAGUCUUCUUCUAGAUCACAUGUAUGGGGAGAGUAUCAUUAUACACCAAGACAAUGUUGAACAAAUUCUUGAAGCUUCUGAUCUUCUCCAGAUUUGUAGACUACGAGCGGCGUGUGUGGAUUUUCUUGAAAGCCAGUUGCAACCUUGCAACUGUGUGGGCAUUAUGAAGUUUGCAGACUCAUAUUCAAUUCCAUCCCUGUUUGAAAAAAGUAACAAAAUAAUACUUGAAGGUUUUGAAGAGGUUUCUUGCCAUGAGGAGUUCUUGGACCUUAGUAAAGAUGAACUCGUUAAGUGUUUGUCAAGUCAAAAUUUAGUGGUAAGGAAAGAAGAAGUUGUGUUUGAAGCAGUGAUGAGAUGGGUGAAGAAAAAUAUCAGUAUUAGAAAAAAAUGCUUGAAAGAGAUUCUGGAGCAUGUGAGAUUGCCUUUACUGGAUCCCGUCUAUUUCCUGGAGAAGGUAGAAAAGGACAAGGUUAUCCAAGAGUGCCCUGAGUGUUUCUCUUUAUUGUAUGAAGCUCGGAUGUUUUACAUUGUUGGAAAUGAAGGCAAUUCAUUCAGAGUGAGACCAAGAAGGUUUACAGAGAUGUCAGAAGUCAUCAUAGUUGUCGGAGGUUGUGACAAAAAGGGACUUUUAAAAUUACCUUUCACCGACAGUUAUCACCCAAAGAGGAAACAGUGGAAGUCUCUGGCCAGUAUGCCUGGCUACACAAACUCAGAAUUUGCUGUUUGCAUAUCAAAAAAUAACAUGUAUGUCUCAGGAGGUCACAUGACCAGCAGUGAUGCCUGGGUAUUUAACACAAAGUUGAAUGUUUGGGCUAAGAUUGCCCCUUUGAAUAAGGGCAGAUGGAGACACAAAAUGGCCACACUUAAGGGAGAGGUUUAUGCAGUAGGGGGCUUUGACGGCUUGCAGAGAUUGUCGUCAAUGGAACGUUACAGCUCAUUUACUAACACCUGGACCCCUGUUACGCCCAUGUUGGAAGCGGUUAGCUCAGCAGCUGUUGUAUCGUGCAUGAAUAAGCUCUAUGUGAUUGGAGGGGCUUUAGAUGCAUAUAUGAACACUGACAAGGUGCAGUGCUUUGACCCUGAAGAAAGCAAGUGGACUUAUAAAACACCAACUCCUUUCUCCCAGAGAUGCAUUAAUGCUGUUGAAUUAGAUAAUAAAAUCUAUGUUGUCGGAGGUCUUCUGAGUACAAUUUAUAGUUAUUGUCCCUUAAAGGAUUCUUGGAGUGAAGUUGCAAGUCUACCAGGACCUCUGGAAAGCUGCGGAGUGACAGCCUGCGAUGGGAAGAUCUUUAUUAUGGGAGGCAGCAAUGAGAACGGAGAAGGCACCGACAAAGCCUUAACCUUUGACCCUAAUACGGGAGAGGUGGAAGUGGAAGCUCCGUUACAGCGCUGCACGAGCUAUCAUGGCUGUGUCACUAUCUUAGAAAGGCCGGGAACAUGAUCAGCACAUAAAGAAGCAUACCUACGUAUCACCACUGCUAUAUACCAGCAGAAUAACUAAAUACCUCACACCCAAUAAACCUGGUGAUGGUUAGGAGCUAUGAUUUGUUUCUGCUCUUUAUAUAAAGAUAUGCAAAAGAGCGUUACCUUUACUUAAAGGGGCAUUGAAAAUAUUGUUUUUGCAUGAAAAAGGUUAAGUUGACUCUAUUUUAAUUUUGAACGGUACAGAAAGUUUAUGUCAGUUGGUUUAUGGGAUAGAAGCUUACUGGCUGAUAAGGACAACAACAGUUCUAUAGAUGGAGUGACACAUCCCACAAGCAUAAGAACAAAAAAUGCUGCAUCUAAACAUUUAUAGAACAACAAUAUAUAUAUAUUUUAAAAUGCCCUCUUUAAAGGGACAGUCUAGUCAAAAUUAAACUUUCAUUAUACAGAUAGGACAUGAUAGUUUAAACAACUUUACAAUUUAUUUUUUAAUCAAAUUUGCUUUGUUCCUUUGUUAUUCUUUGUUAAAAGCAAAACCUAUAAACUCAUAUGCCAAGUUCUAAACCUUUGAGGGCCGCCUCUUAUUUCAAUGCAUUUUGAUAGAUGUUCACAGAUAGAUUGUGCUAGUUCAUGUGUGCCAUAUAGAUAACAUUGUGCACACCCCGUGGAGUUACCUAGGGGUCACCACUGAUUGGCUAAAAGGCAAGUCUGUCAAAAUAACUGAAAUAAGGGGGCAGUCUGCAGAGGCUUAGAUACAAGGUAAUUACAGAGGUGAAACCGGUGUAAUAUAACAGUGUUGGUUGUGCAAAACUGGGGAAUGGGUAAUAAAGGGAUUAUCUAUCUUUUUUAAACAAUAAACAGUUCUGGAGUAGACUGUCCCUCAACUCAUUGAAACAAUUACUUUACUGUCCCCUUUAAAGGAACACAGUGACCGUUAUUAUGUGUGUGCUGUAAAUGUCAGAGAACGUAAAUUGUCUGUGCAGUAAUGUUACUUAUAUUUUUUAAUAUGUUUUGUGUUAAAACGUUCUUGUAUUUAUACUGGCGUCUACAGAAGUUUUUUUAAUGUAUUAGCACAGCAGAUCUUUCUUCAUGAUAGUACAGGAUGGGAAAAGUGAGUAGGAAAUUGAUAAAGAAAGAGAGACCUAGCAAUGUGAAGGUUGCAAUAAACUUUUCAUUUUUACAAUGUUUGUUAUUAUUAUUAUUGGAGUGUUGUUAACCAGCAAAUGACAAUACGUGACCUGGUACUAUUAAAUGCUUUAAAUAAUAAAAAACGCAAGUUGCAA